AGGGGUCAAGGGCUCUUAAUUUUUUUCAACUUAAUUUACAGUGUUUAAACAGUUUCUUAAUAAAAUGUACAUCCUUGAUCAGGAUCAAAAGCCGAGUCGAUCUGGCCCUGUCCGUCAGUAUUAACGUCGAGAUCUAAGGAACUAUAAAAGCUAGAAGGUUGCCUAAGAGCAUGCAGAUUUUGGAGACAUAGACAUAGACAUUUCAUAUCUUUAUUAGCAAUAUUCAAGGCAGCUGAGUAGGCAAAAAAACGACGUUAGCACCCCAAAUUUUAUUCGACUUGUACUAUUACGUUUACUUUAUGGAAUCGCCACGAAUAUGGGCCUAGAAGACCAAUUGGAAGAUGUAUUUAACGGCGCACUUAUACCACCAAGCAGUAAUGAUGCACUUGAUUUUGAGGAAUAUGGCGAUGAUGAUGAUAGCCCAAUAUUAUUGGAAAAUAUCUUCAGUGAUGAGAAUUAAAAUUUAAUUAAAUUUAUCUUAAGUAAAACUCAUGUGUAAAGAUAAUAAAAUAAAUUUAAAAAAUGACUUUAAAUAGUUAAUGUUUAGUUUCUGUGCAUACGUAACUACAAUAUUCAUACAGAAUACAGAAUUGGCUCAUCUGCGCCGGGAGAUCGAUCUUUCGCCGAGGAGUGAAAAGUUUACACUCCCACCAUCAAACGCAUCAGCAUCACCAUCAUAUACCUUCGUCUGGCGUUGCUGUACCACAAAAUCCUCACUUAGCUGAAAGCGCAGCCAUUGCUGCUACGGAUGGCAACUCCAUGGGAGCAUCAGGAGAUAAUGAUAGUAAGGACUCACAUGCAAACGUCGAAAAAGAAUGGUUCCACGAUGAAAUGGACACAUCACAUUUUCAUCAUGGCGAUGAAUUUGAGGAUGACUUUGAUUCAGAUAACGAUUUUGAUGAGUCUUACACCAGCCGGGGCAAACGCAAAAAGUGUUCGCGUCCUAGACGAACAAAUGCAAACGUAGAGGGUACUCCCAAACGGGGACGUAAAGGUGGUGGCAAUCGUCGAAAGAACGCCGUUGAGGGAGAAUCUGAUCGAAAACGUAGAGCCGGUGGAAAUAGUGCAAAUACAUCCGCAGCCGCAGCGGCAGCUGCCGCCGCUGUCGCACAUGCAGCAUGUACUGCAGCUGCUGUCGCUAGCACUGGGCUCUAUGCAUCUCAUUCCAACUCAGCUUCGCCUAUUCCCAUAAAUGACGACAAUUCACAGUCAGGACUCAUACUGCCAACAAACAUAUCGUCGUCGUACGAUAAGACUUCAAGCGAUGCUGGAGCUUCCAAUGACUCAAUUCCCCUAGCAACAAUGGUUGCCAUAAACGCGGGCCUGACAACCUCAAAUGUUUGCAAUGCGCAUCCGGUGCAAACAGGAACAAAUCAAACGGUGUUUGCUACUGGUAAUAAGGUCAAACAACGUGUAGAACGUGACAUAGCGCAACCAUCACCUUAUUGUGACUUUUGUCUGGGAGAUCAACGAGAAAAUAAAAAAACCAAUAUGCCCGAAGAGCUAGUAUCGUGCUCGGACUGUGGUCGUUCCGGUCAUCCAUCGUGUCUGCAGUUCACGGCAAAUAUGAUUAUAUCGGUAAAACGUUAUCGUUGGCAAUGCAUUGAAUGCAAGUACUGCUCCAUCUGUGGGACCUCUGAUAAUGACGAUCAACUUUUAUUUUGUGACGAUUGUGACCGGGGAUACCAUAUGUACUGCCUGUCACCACCGCUUGUGACUCCACCAGAGGGUUCUUGGAGCUGCAAGCUAUGCAUGGAGGAGUUCCACAAGAUUAAAUAAGCUAAUAAGCUACAUUAAUAAUUCACCAAUUAUAAGUUAAUCUUCUCAUAAAUAUAAAAAACGUACAUUUU